AUGUCCAAUAAUAGCAAUAACGUCAACAAACUACCUGAUAGACUACAUGUUUUAUUGGAGAAUGGUGAACAGUUGUUGAGUCGACUUUAUGUUAGCAGGGGUCUGUUGGGCGGCGCAAAGACUCGCCCACUGUUUCUCUCCGAUGAGAAGGUGGGCCGUGCCAUCAAGAACUUGAUGUCCAAGUUCCCAGACUUCCCGGAGCUCGACAGGGUCCAGGGCGCGGACCUGAUCACAUCGCGCGCUAAACAGUACAUGGAGGACUUGGAGCAGCACUACGAGACACUGGUCGACGCUUGUGAUUGGAAGGAGGCCACAUGCGCGCUCCUCCACGAGAUCGCCAACAACACCCUGGCGCUCAAGUUCACCGCGUCCAUCCAACUGUCGUCCAGGUUCAUGGAGUUGGUCGUGCUCUUUGCCAAGCUGCACAUGCUGCUGGCGCAUCUGGCCGACCGCCGCACUGUCCUCGCCGUCUACGCGCGUCUCUUCCAGCACACGCGAUCACAGGUGGAGCCCAACUACUCGCGACUAUCACGCUGGAUCAUCGAGUCGGACCUGCCCGUCAAGCGCAUCCAGGACGAUCUCAAGGGUCUAAACGACGCCAUUGGACACACACUACUCUCAGUCGAGGCCACAUACUCCAAGCGCAGACUAAUCACUCAGUUGCGUCGCGAUGGCGCACUCAACCUCAUUCUCAAGCCAGAGGACAUUGCUCGUCCCAUCCAGGAUCAAUACCGCACCGACCUGACCUUUGCCUCACGCGUCUACCAAUGGGUCAUCUUUGGAUACCUCAUCGCGCCUGGCGCACUCACCACCCCCAACACCAUCGAACUCCUCAAGGCAGCCCUUUCCGAAGGCUUCAACCUACCCGUCUACAGAGAGAUAAGCUAUGCUAUUCAUAAUGAGUUCAGCGCAUUGUUCAAGAACUAUAAGAGCAAGACAGUGCAACUGCAGAAACAAAAGAAGAUUAUAAAGGAUGCAGCACAGGCCUCAACACAGGACGCACCAAGAAGACAUUAUGAGAAGCGUAUCUAUCUUAGACAGGAGUUGGAUGCUAUGUGGAACCUGUUCAGAGACAAGCCAUGUCUGCUAGCGCCCAAGAUCAAUGUGUUGCUGGCUGCACUCUCCAUGGCCAAGGAAGAGGUACUGUGGUACUUCCGUCAUCUUGACGCUGUUCCACCCGAGAAAGUCAAGAAGUACUACAACAAACAGAACGACAUCAUUGACAGACGCAUCCCAUCUCUCGUCAGUGUGAUGACACACCUCGUAGACCUCGUUAGGAUACACAAGAGCACAAUCCAGAACUAUUAUGUAGAAUACAUGGCUGGCGCAGACUCACUGGGACUGACAAGGGUGCUCACACCAAUGAUGAUGCAGUCAGCUGGUCCACAGAUCUCCAAUCUAUUAUCAAACAUCACUUAUGAGUUGCAAAACAUCUCGGUUGGCAGUGGCGCAGAGUAUAACUUCAACUCGCUGCGUGACAAUUGGUGCCGCACUGAGUACCUCCUCUUCUCCAGCUCGUGCCUUCUGCCCGAGUCCGAGUCAACACAGAUCAGCAGCCGUCUCAACCUCAUCUAUAUCCACUCAAAGAAUGUCGAUCAGCUGGACGCGAUGCUCGAGGAAUACUCAUCACUGGUCAGCCUGUGGCCCUACAAGGAGCAGGUGGCCCAGGUGUUUGAACAGGUGAUCAAUGAUGCCACCGACCAGCCAGCACAGGCCAUGGUAUUCUUGAAGCUCCUGGCACAGUUCCCAUCGGGCGUUGCGACGCCCUUUUACCCCGAGGAGAAGGAGGCCAUUGGCAAGGAGUGUGUGGACAUGGCCACCAACUUCCUCAACAAGCUGUCAUCGCGUAUUGUGUCGGUGCUGUACUCGACCAUGAACGCUCAGUACCAGAGCAACGAGCAGCAGCUCAGAGACGUCAACGCCGCAUUCCCAUUGCUGCAGAAGCGCAAGGAUUGGAAGCCGCCCAAGGACUUUAUCACGCCAGUCGAGCCAGGCUCAGAGUCGCAGUAUCGCUCACGCGCAACUAUCGAGCAGCUGCGUCUGCACGAGAAGAACAUCUUCCAGCUAUGCAACUCUCUCAACGAGUUCCUGGACAUCACGAUCUACGACCGCAUCAUCGUGCCGCGCGAGUUCCUGCGCGACCGUCUUGGUGCCAUGCUCAAGCAGUACAUGCGCCAGACGCUGGCUCCCACCGUGCCCACCGACCUGUCCACAACUAUCAGGCCGGCCACAUUUGAGAGCCAGCUUCAGGUGUUCCUGGGUGUGAUGGUGAUAGUCGAGAACUUUGUCGACAUUGACAUUGGUGAUCUGAUCCGCGAGACCCUGCUCGGCGAGUUCUACGCCAAGGUGAUGGGCAAGGUGGGCCGCAUCGACUGGUUCCCCGACGGAGAGAUUGAGUAUGGCGACUCGGCCAUCCACUACUACACCAACUACUACGUCGACUUUGUCAAGAAGUCCACGCAGUUGGGCCACGUGUAUUCACCAGGACGUCAGGGCUUCCUCUCGCGUCCAGGUAUGCAGAACAAGGCAGAGGAUCACAACGACUACACAGAGAUAAUGGCACUCACCAACACGAUUGGCGCAUAUGGAGUCAAGCUGAUCGAGCGUGAGCUACUUCGCACCGUGCUGGCCAGCGCCUCAAGCAUCAAGGAUAUCCUUACGGCCAAUCUGCCGCUGUUGGAGGAGUACGCCACAUGCUUCCACAAGCCCAAGGGUGUCGACCACAUCAAGCGAUUCAAGCAGGCCGACAUUGAUAACUUUGUCACUCGUGCGAUGAUCAUUGGUAAUGCGCUCAGUCUGAGGUCGAUGAUGCGUCGCUCAGUCGAUCAGAACAACCGUGAGGCCGUGCCCUACAUCCAAAAGACCGUCGAGACGGGCUACGAAGAGUACAACCGCAACACAUUCAUGUUCCCCGAGUUCCUGGGCGUGGACGCUCUGGCGCUCGACGCCGGCCUCAACGUGGGCGUGGCCGAUCAGUAUCUCAAGGUGUUCCUGAAGAAGAUAUGCGCGGGCACUGACAACGACAGGAAGCUGUGGGACAUGCUGCCCGUGAUGUUUGCCGUGGCAUUCAACAGCACUCAGUGGAAGGAGGCCAUAUUCCGUCCAUCGAUCGAGGGCUACAACAACAACAUUCACGUGCUGGCCGUCACCAUCAGUGAUCUGCUCAUCGCAUUUGGUGCCAUCAACAAUGCCAGCGCCAACGAGGCUGACAUAGUCAACAGCUUGCAUCGCUUCCUAGAGAUCUCGUCCGUUCACCUCUUGCGCAUGUUCUCCUCGCAUCAAAAACAUUUGCCCAACGACCCAGCAUCAGUAUUGGUAUUCCUGGACAAGUUCACUGAGUACUGUCCAUUGCUCAACAAGGAUAUGCUCGAGCAGUACCUUCCAUACACAUUGAUCAGGAACAUGUAUAAGGAUAUCUACGAACUAAGAGUUGUCAAACAAGGUGAUAACUCUGAUAGCUUCUAA